AUGGACGUGACCGACGCCUUCAUCGCCUUCCACCAGGGCUCCGCGUGGGCCAACCUCAACCGCUUCUUCACUGGAUUCCACCUCCAGGACUUCCGCGUCACCGAGGUCUCUCGGGACUACCGCACCCUCAUCAACCGCUUCGUGAAGUCCGACAUGUUCGAGAAGAAGGGCCAUGGCGUGAUCUAUUCCCUCUGCUUCAUCUCUGUCCUAUUGGCCGCGUGCGUGUACAGUGUCCUCUACUCUGACAGCUUCGCGGUCCACAUGGCAUCGGGCGCUCUCUUGGGCCUCGCCUGGAUGCAGCUGGCCCAAAUCCUAACUGGCAACUGCUUUACAGGCAUCUCGAUCGCGUGGUGGAAGUGGACUCACAACGCCCACCACGUGGGGUGCAAUAGCCUCGACCACGACCCGAACCUCGAGCACCUCCCUGUCCUAGCCGUCUCGUCCCGCCUCUUCUCCUCCAUCACCUCCCGCCUCUACAACCGCAAGCUCUCGUUCCACCCGCUAGGCCAUUUACUCGUCAGCUACCUAUUGAGUCAAAGAAAAUGGGGUUGCGCCCACUCAUUUUGA